UUACUAAUUUACUAUAGAUACAUCGAUGUAAAACCGCAUCAUCGCCGUUCAGUUCGCAAGGAGAAUUAGGGUUUUUAGUCGGAAGUUUAUCGCCUUUUCAGUGCAAAGAUGGGGAAGACACAUGGAAUGGGAGCUGGUCGCAAGCUAAAGAGUCACAGAAGGCGACAAAGAUGGGCUGACAAGUCUUACAAGAAGUCUCAUCUUGGAAACGAAUGGAAGAAGCCAUUUGCUGGUUCUUCUCAUGCUAAAGGCAUUGUCUUGGAGAAGAUUGGUAUUGAGGCCAAACAGCCUAACUCUGCCAUCAGAAAGUGUGCAAGAGUUCAACUUAUCAAGAACGGAAAGAAGAUUGCAGCUUUUGUCCCCAAUGAUGGUUGCUUGAACUAUAUUGAAGAAAAUGACGAGGUGUUGAUUGCAGGAUUUGGACGUAAAGGGCAUGCUGUGGGAGAUAUUCCUGGAGUUAGGUUUAAAGUUGUGAAGGUGUCUGGUGUCUCUCUUUUGGCGCUUUUCAAGGAGAAGAAAGAGAAGCCAAGGUCUUAAGCAUGAUUUUAGUUUCUUAUCUCAUUGUUUUUAUAUUCAAGACUUCACAUUUUACUGUUCUUUAUUUAAUCUGGGAUUUUGAAAUACCAUCUAUUUCGACUUCAAAGAAGCACAAAUAUUGCCUGUGUUAAAUUUAGCCCACACUAUCGGGUAAGGGUGCAG